UGACAGUAAUUGUCCGAAAGGGUAGAAUCCCUUGCUAUUGCUAACCAAAAACCAGCUCACACACACAUCACAGCAACACAACAGUCACCGGAGCAGAGAGAGAUAAAAGAAGAAAAACAAAAAAGAAAAGAAAAAAAGAAAACCCUUGCUUGCAUUGCAUUGCACUGCAGCACCUCCUCCUUGUGCUCCCCAACCCACCCCCUCAUGCCUUGUCGCCGACCAGACCCGACCCGUUGAGCUCGCCGGAAACUUUGCCCAAAAGGGUCUCCGAAUUCGCCCAUGGCCCUCGAUUUCCGACCUUAGAGACCCUUCAAGGUUUCGCCUUUUCUUCUUCGCUUUUUCCCCCUUUUCGGGACCUCAAUUUCUGAAACCACUGCAACUGAGAAAGAUUUUCUGAUAACUCGUGUCUCGGCAACAUGUACGUGGUGCCUCCGCCGCAGCGCUCCGAGCCAGGGUCAGGAUCCGGUGAUUUGCGGGUCUACCAAGCUUGGAAGGGUAGCAAUAAAUUUUUUCUUCAAGGAAGGUUCAUAUUUGGACCAGAUGUGAGAUCACUGGCGCUGACAAUUAUUCUUAUUGUUGCUCCUGUUGCAGUUUUCUGUGUCUUUGUUGCCAGAAAACUGAUGGAUGCAUUUUCUGACCACUGGGGGAUAUCCAUAAUGGCUGUUGCUGUUGUGUUCACAGUUUAUGUCUUAGUUCUUCUUUUGUUAACAUCUGGCCGAGAUCCAGGCAUAAUUCCACGCAAUGCACAUCCUCCAGAGCCAGAAGGUUUGGAUAGUAAUCUAGAUGUUGGUGCUGGUCAGACUCCUCAAUUGCGGUUGCCUCGCUUUAAGGAGGUUGAGGUCAAUGGCAUCCCUGUUAAGGUCAAGUAUUGUGAUACUUGCAUGCUCUACAGGCCUCCUCGAUGCUCGCACUGCUCAAUCUGUAAUAACUGUGUGGAACGGUUUGAUCAUCACUGUCCUUGGGUUGGGCAGUGUAUUGGGCUGCGUAAUUAUCGGUUCUUCUUCAUGUUUGUCUUCUCAACUACGCUACUAUGUAUAUAUGUUUUUGCAUUUUGCUGGGUCUACAUUGUAAGAAUUAUGGCAUCAGAGGAGACAACAAUUUGGAAGGCAAUGAUAAAAACUCCAGCCUCCAUAGUGUUGAUAAUUUACACCUUUAUAUCAAUGUGGUUUGUAGGUGGCCUCACUGCCUUCCAUUUGUAUUUGAUAAGUACCAAUCAGACUACAUAUGAAAACUUCAGAUACCGAUAUGAUCGGCGAGCCAACCCAUAUAAUGAAGGAGUGUUGAAUAAUUUCAAAGAGAUAUUCUGCAUCAGCAUUCCCCUUUCAAAGAACAAUUUUAGGGCAAUGGUGCCAAGAGAACCAGCAUUACCUACUCGAUCAGUGGGUGGAGGCUUUAUGAACCAAAAUAUGGGAAAAGCUGGGGAGGACAUAGAGAUGGGCAGGAAAACAGUGUGGGACAUGGGUGCUGGGAUUGAUGAUACUGAAGCUCAAAUAAACAAUGAACGUGUGACUAUAAAGGAUGGUGAAUUGUCUCCAGAAAUUAGGACAACAGUAGAUGACUCGGACCGUGCUGGAAUGCAUCCUAGGCGAUCUAGCUGGGGAAGAAAGAGUGGAAGCUGGGAAAUGUCCCCUGAAGUUCUGGCUUUGGCAGCCAGGGUGGGGGAACCAAACCGUGUCGGUGGAGGUGGCAGCAGUAGUAGUUUGGCACACGAGAACCGUCAUGUAUAGCCAUUAUGCUUCAAACAGCAUGGUCAAAGGGACUUUGAAGAUUUGAUUUUAUGGUUAUGGUGAAAAAAUAUUACACUGUUCAUGUGGUAUUUCUACAGCAAAAUUAUGUGCAAUAUGGGGGUUGUAGGCAUUUGCAAGGUGUUUGUAAGUGUUUUUAAGGCAUUCUGCUUCUGAGAAGAAUUUGUUUGGUGUUAUGGGAGUGAGCUUUGCUUUGCUUGAUAUGUUGUAUUAUGUAAUUAAUUAGCCUUUGCACCCGUGGAAGUUGCUGCAGCUCUCUCUGGCUGAAUGCUAGUGACAUGGAGUAUUGGGAGUUUGUCCCGGAGGAAAUCAAUGGUGAAUCAAGCUGAAUUGUUCUUGCUAACUUACCUUUAUGCUUGAAUUAAACGUAGUUGGUGUGUUAGGGCGAGAAACUUAUUUAGAUGGAUUUGCCAUGACAAAAAUCUUUACUCUCUAUACCACUAGUGUUAUGUGCAUUCUACUUUUAAGUAGGAACAUUGCGUAUCAUGUAUAAUUCCCAUAAUCAUACUGUUUGUGUUACAAAACAACCAACCGUCUAAAAACUGAUUUUUUUUUUA